AUGUGCGACUUGGUGCACCUGCGCAAGCGCGGGGGAGAAGAUGGCGCUGGGGACAGUCUCUGUUCUGCUCGUCCUCUGGCCGAGAGACAGAGGCCAAGGCGAAGCGGCGACGAUGACGGUCGUUCGCCUGCAGUUAAGAAACCUGAAGGGAACACAAACGGAGGAAACAAGGACAGAGAGACGCGGAGUGAGGGCGGUCCCUCAUGCGAGAAAAAAGCUGAGGAAGCAGAGCGAACCGAACGGGGAGCACGCCCACAUCAACUCCGGAGAGACGCGUCUCCGUUUCAGCCGUCCUUCGCCUCGUCGUCCCCGUCCGCAGCGUCUUUCCUCGGUUUCGUCUCUUCUCUUUCUCCAGCACCGCCGUCCCACGGUUGGCAGAUGCCAAACAGACGCCCACGGUGGCCGGCAUCUCCUGCGUCUCCGAGGAACUUCUCCGUCUUGCACUACGCGUCAGGCGACAGAUCCGGCCCGUCCUUAGGUCCGCACUUCCCGUCGCCUCUCGAGGCGUCUUCUCUCGGGUUGUCUCUCGAUGUUUCGUGCCAAGGCGCGGUCUCCUCGCCGUCUCCGUCCCUUUCCAGCAGCGCUUCUUCGUUGUCGUCUGUUCACCGUGACUCUUCUGCGCCCCUCAAGCGGUCUGUGGCCGAGCUGACCCCGGCCCCGAGUCUCCAGAACGAUGAGACGCACGGUUCUCCCUUUGCCUCGUCCUCUCCGUUCCGGUCUUCGUCCUUCCCUCCGCCUUUUGCGUCUGCGCUGCCGCAGUCCUUCCCCCCGUACUUCUCUCUUCCUACUGAGGCGUCAGGCUUGCCCUUCCCCGCUUCCUGCGCAGCAAAGGGCGUUCCCGCCCCGGCGGAGUUCGACGGCGGUGUAUGUACACCCGACGACGCAGUGUUCUUCUUCUCUCCGUCGUCGGACGCGACGGAGCAGGAUCUCGCUCUGGCGGCGUGGCCAGACAGCGGCGAAGCCUUUGGAGGUUUCCCCGACGAGGCGCAGGAUCUGUUUUCUCCCGACAAUCUCCCCCUGCACGAGCGACCCGGCGAUGCGCUUCCGCCUCCGUAUUCCUCUCCCGGUUUCUGCCUGGCGUCCUGGCAUCCGGAGCAAGAAGGCGCGGAGACUGUGUUUGGAGAAACUGCGGAUGAUACCCAGCCCCUUGGCCCAGAGGAAGGCGAGGCGUAUCUCUCCGCCGUCGCUUCGUACUCCACUCCGUGUGCGCCGCCGUAUGCUCUCCCGCUGUACUGCGCCGGGGACCCGGCUGCCGCCUCUCCGGAGGCGGGGAAACCGGACCCUUCGCAGUUUGCUCAGGCUGAAAACGAAAAGAGCGGAGUGCACACUGAAAACGACGGGGACGCACGCACCUUCUCCUCCUUCGGGAAUCCACCCUUAGCUGUAGCUUCGGCGCUGUUCCACGAUCUCUGCGCUCGGCCGACCUCUCAUGCCGUCCCUGCCUCGUGUCCGUUUCCUGCGCCGCACGGCUGUCCUGAUGCGUCGCCUCUCCCGGCGCCAGGUUCUUCUUCCUCCUUUCCAGUCUCCUCGUUCCCCUCCUCGCUUUCGUCUUGUGUGCGUUUUGCGUCUCCUGUUGCGGAGGUGGUCGGCAGGCCUGUCCAGAUACCGGCGCGACUGAAGCACUCGCUUGCACCGAGAGACGGCAGCACGCCGAGCGAGAUCGAAGCGUCUGUUCCCUUCUCUGGCGGACACGGCCAAGAGCAAGCCGCGCAUGCAGGAAACGGACUCGAUGGGAUCUCCAGCGGUUUCGUUCUCUCCGCGUCCGCGCCGUCGUGGGAGAUGCCGGGAUCUGAAGAAGCGCAGUGGACCGAGGAACCCGAGUCGCGCGGCGAAGCGUCGGCAGAGCAGGGAGGCGAAGAACGCGGAAAGACGCCGACGGAAAAACCCGCGACGCAGCUCCGCUCGCGCGCCUCGCCGUUCUAUCCUUCCUCUUCUUUCGUGCUUCAGUCGGACGCUCCUUUGUCUUCUCUGUCCUCGUUUUCCUCUGCCUUUCCUUCUUCCGUCUCUGCGUCUUCGUUUCCUUCUUCGCAUCCGGGAGAGGCCCAGGCGGAAGCGUUGUCUUCUUCCUCAGCGUUCGCUUCUUCCUCAGCGUUCUCUUCCCCUCCAGACUGUUCUUUCGCUACUCCUUUCCAUGCUCAAUGGGACGGGGAGGCGCUGGGAAGGCAGGCACGAGGCUUUAGACGGGAAGAACGAGAAGAGAAGCGAGGGCCUUGGCUAGGACGAGACAUGCGCUUCUACGAAGAAAUUGCAGAUCUCCUUUCUUCCGCUUCUCUCUCCUCCGCCUCGGAAGACGAGACCGGCGACGAAUGGCUGACCAGCGCGGAGGAUUCGCAAGAGGGUACAGAGCCGGAAGAGGCAGAAGAGGAACAAACAGAGGGGCGUUCCUGGGUGACCGAGAACAGAGAGCAUGCGGCACAGUUGCCGAGGUUGAUGAAUCCGACGCCGUUUGCGGGGAUUGAGAAAUCUGGAAAGAACGAAAGAGAUCUGGUGCACGCAGUCGCACAAGCUGUUUUCUUCACGCCUAUCUUCAAAGAGCCGCUCGCAAACCACCUGUGCGAUCGGAACGCAUGUGUUGCGUGCGAGCUCGGCUUCCUUCUGCACAUGCUCGACCUAGCUCGGACGGAGGCGGAUCCCUGCCGGCGCAUUUGUCAAAGCAGAAACUUCCAGCGGAUUCUGAGCGAGUUGCCCCGCAUGCGACGAGAGAGAGUCUUCCACGCCUUUCUCCCUCGUACGCCGUCGGAAGGAGAACAAAACACCCGUGGAGGGCCGUUCUCUGCCUUGGCGCGAAGAACGCGUGUCUUCUUUGACCUUCUUCUUGAGCAUCUGCGCGAAGACCUGACGACAGCUUCCUCGCCGAGUGCACCUUCCUCGCUGGUCGAGUUCCUGUUUCGCCUACGUGAACCGGACGCAGCAAGUGGCGAGCAGAGAGACGCGAUCGAGAUUGACUCCAGAUUCAUUCUCCCGUUGCGGUAUCCUCGCAAAGAAGUCUCCGUGGAGAGCGACUGCUCGAGCGACUGCUCGGUUUCUUCUUCCUCCUUGUCUCCGUCGCCUCCCUCUUCUUUUUCGAGUAAAGACCGGGAGGGAGAUACACGGAUGCAGAGUGCUACCGCGCCGCUCUCUUUCAUUGAGGUGUUGGAACAUUCGUUGAUCCUUCACUGCGGAAGGGGAGCGAAGGAGAGGAGAAGAAAGAACAAGGGUGAGGGUUUCCCCCGUGCUGGAGCGGUAACAGGCGGAAAGCGCGAGGGUGCGCAGUGCAACAUUCCGGAGGAGAGCGAGGAAGAAAACGCGAAGGAGAAAGGAAAAGGACAAAGCGAGGGCAUUGGCGAGCGAGACGAAGACGAGCAAGAGGGAUGUGCUGUCGGUGUGCGGACGGGAGCUGCGAGAGUCCAAAGAAAAACUGAAACCUCUCUCACCGCGUACCCUCCUCUGCUCCUCAUCGACGCGAACCUGGAGAGUGAACAAGACGCUGCAUGCUGGCGAGCUCCGGCAGGCGUGGCGGCGCAGCUGAGGCGUGGCCGAGGAAGAAAAGAAACUCGCGGAACGGACAGCAGAGGUGUCCGUACAUCCGACGAAGCGACGCGGGAAGGCCGUGAAGAGAGCAGGCGAUGCCGUCCGUCCUUCCUCGGUAGCGGGUUCUGGGUAAAACUGCAGCCCUCGGGAGAAGCCACAGAAACCGAGCGACUGCCUCGAGUGCGGCAGGAGGCCUUCCCUGGAGCAGUCCAUAGCUCGCCAGGGAGGCAGGGACAGGCCGAGAAGUCGAGCGAAACUCGCGACGAGGGAGACGACGACGGAGGCGAAGCAGCGAAUGUGACGAGUCCCGUGGAGCUGCGGGACGUUGAGGAAGAAGAGCGAUUGCUGCUGUUUGUGAGAGUGCCUGAGCCGUACUUGAGAAUGCGCCGGGUGCCGUCCAAAAGCGGCCUGGAGCAGUUCAGUGAGGCAGGCUGCGCGUCUACGGUUUCCGCGCGUUCGUCCUGUGCGCACUCUGCGAGUCCAUCUCUUUCCUCGACAGCUCUGGUUCCCGCUGCUCGGGCUGCGCAUCCGUCCCUUUCGUCCUCGCCGUCGUCUUUGGAUGCUCUGCGGAGAGUCGUGACAGCAGAAGAGGCAGGCGAGCGCGGGAAGGAAGGCAACGGCCGAGGAGACGCACAGCCGGAACCUGCGGGAGAGGAAAAGGACGGAGGAGAGAGAGGAACCGAGCCGGCGCGUUGCGGGAACGAUUUGGGAUCGAGCGGUGGAGAGUGCAGAGAAGUCUCUGGCCAGACCAGCGAAGGAGAAAACGACGGCACUGCGACGGAGGAAAGGAAGGAAGCCGAGAGACGCCCAGCGGCUGAGCAGGACUCGAGAAGGAAGGGUAGACCAGGAAAGAACACGUGGCUCUUGGUGAAUGACCACGUCCUGGCCUACGUGAAGGAGAAGACCGUUCUCGACUUCUCGCCUUCGUGGAAGAUUCCGGUUCUCCUGCAGUUCACGCGCGCCGACGCGCUCGAGUCUCCGGCGGUGGUAGAACAUCUUGCGGCCUCGCCCGCCCUCUGGGAGCGGAGCGAGAGCGACGGAGAGCGCGGCGACUCAGACAGUCGCCCAGACACUCGCCCGUCGCUUGUCUCCCAGGGGCUCUCCUCCUCGCGUUGUCGGGGCGCGAGCCGCGCCGAGACGGCGGCGGCGCGAGCGGUGGGAGCUGAAGGAGGCAACGAGCAGACUUCGGGGACAGGGAGCGAAAACGCGGAGUCUGCGCGGACGCAGAGUGCCGAGAUGGCGCGCGCGACUCCCGCUGCCUCCUUCCGUCUCUUCCAAGCGGACAAAAACAUUUCACUACACCCUCUCGCGGCGACCCAUCCCACGACGUUCGUGCCCCUGACGCACAGCGAGCUGGUCGCCCUUCACCGAGGGAACGGCUUGCGCUUGUCGACAGCCCUGUCGGGGCGCAACGCCACUAAAGAAGGCGAUCGCCUGUCGCCAUUCUCUUCUUGUGCGUCUUCAUCUUUGCCCUCUUCCACUCCUCUCGCUGCCGCUCUGUCUCCGUCGGCUUCCUCUUGGCAUCCGCGUUCGCGUGAGGCGGGAGAAGAUCGAGAGCGAGAGAAGCGCGUUGAGCAGAGUGCGUCAGAAACCCAAGUCCUGAGGGAGGCAGGCGCCUCCGGGGACACAAAGAGAGAGACGGCGAGCGAGGCUGCGGAAGUCGAGAGGACGAGCGGGGAACCGACCUGCGGCGCCCGUCGUCCCGACCGGAAAGAAGAGAGGGAAGUGGCGAAACCGACGAGUUUCAGAGAACGAGAACCAUCGGGAGACGACGUGGAGAACAAAGAGCAAAGAGAGACAGGAGAGGCGAAGGGGAUGGAAGAGAGAGCUGAGCUGGUCUCCAGCGACCUCGCAGACAACGAGGAAGGCGUGCAUUUACCUCGCGUCUGUCCUUCCGUUCGGCCGGCCGCCCCAGAAGACAGAGAAGGGAAGGAGGAGAACGAGGAACAAAGAGGAUGGCUCGUUGCGUUGGAUGCCGAAUUUGUUGCAGAGGAGGACUGCUACGAGGACGAAGAGGCGCUGUGUUCACUCAGCGCACCCCGUCAUCGCUCACAGCCUGUCACUCGACAGUCCUUGGCCCUUGCGAGGUUCUCUGGACUUCGCCCGGGAGAUUUGGACCUCAACGCCUCGCAGUUCUGGCUGUCGACAAAGAAAGCGAUACACCAAAAACUCCGCUAUCUCGUCGACGCAGGUUGCGUCUUCGUCGGCCAUGGUCUGUCUCAAGAUUUCCGGAUCAUCAACCUCUUCGUUCCUUCCUCGCAAAUCGUCGACACAGUGGAACUCUUCCGUCUCCCCGGGCGACGGCUGCUGUCUCUGAAAUUCCUCGCCGCUCAUUUGCUCGAUCUGCAUAUCCAGCAAACGACGCACGACUCUAUCCAGGACGCGCGGGCUGCCUUGUUGCUCUACAGUCUCGCCGGCGUGACCAGCAAGGGAAGCGGCGACUAA